AUGGCGCGAGACUGCACUACACGAAGUUUGGACAAUAUUGACCUCUCUGCUUUGAGGGAUCCUGCUGGGAUAUUUGAGCUGGUAGAAGUGGUUGGAAAUGGAACAUAUGGGCAAGUCUACAAGGGUCGACAUGUGAAGACAGGACAGCUGGCUGCUAUCAAGGUCAUGGACGUGACAGAGGAAGAAGAAGAGGAAAUCAAAUUAGAGAUUAAUAUGUUGAAGACAUAUUCCCAUCAUAGGAAUAUAGCUACAUACUAUGGUGCCUUUGUGAAGAAGAGUCGUGCAGGUCAGGAUGACCAGCUCUGGCUGGUGAUGGAGUACUGUGGGGCGGGCUCAGUCACUGACCUAGUGAAGAAGACUAAAGGGAACAGCCUAAAGGAGGACUGGAUCGCCUACAUCUGCAGGGAGGUCCUCCGAGGCCUGUCUCACCUCCACUCACACCACGUCAUUCACCGUGACAUCAAAGGCCAGAACGUGCUGCUGACUGAGAAUGCGGAGGUCAAGCUAGUUGACUUUGGGGUGAGUGCUCAGCUGGACAGGACGAUAGGGAGGAGGAACACCUUUAUUGGGACUCCGUACUGGAUGGCCCCUGAGGUCAUUGCCUGUGACGAGAACCCAGACUCAACCUACGACUACAGGAGUGACCUGUGGUCUCUGGGAAUCACAGCUCUGGAGAUGGCUGAAGGAGCACCACCCUUGUGUGACAUGCAUCCCAUGAGAGCCCUGUUCCUCAUUCCUCGCAACCUGCCCCCCAAGCUCAAAUCAAAGAAAUGGUCCAAGAAGUUAAUGACCUUUGUGGAGAGCUGUCUGGUGAAGAACUACCUCCAUCGUCCCGCUACAGAAACCCUCCUAAGGCACUCGUUCAUCAAAGACCUGCCCAACGAACGACAGGUCCGCAUCAUGCUCAAAGACCACCUGGACAGAACCAGGAAGAAGAGAGAUAAAGGUGAGAGCCCAGAGUAUGAAUACAGCGGCAGUGAGGAUGAGGAGGAGGAGAUUAACGAAGAGGAAGGUGAACCCAGCUCCAUAGUGAACCUGCCGGGGGAGUCCACUCUGAGAAGAGAGUUCCUGCGUCUGCAGCAGGAGAAGAAGAACUGGUCAGAAGCCCAGCGACAGCAGCAGGUCCUGCAGCAGCAGCUCCGGGACCAGGAGAGGUACAAACAGCAGCUGCUGGCCGAGAGGCAGAAGAGGAUCCACCAGCAGAAGGAGCAGCGCAGGAGGCUGGAGGACCAACAGAGGAAGCAGCUGCAGGAUUCUGGGUUCCAAUGGCCAGAGCUACAGGAGAUGCUAUGGAGGGAGGAGACUGAAGCUAAUGACAGAGGUCUAUUGGAUGAGAGGAACAAGAGAAGUGACAAGAGACAGGUGGAGGAUCGUGGCAGACGGAGGGUUGAUGUCGGAGGAAGGCCUGCAGGUCCUGUAGCUGAACAGAGGAGGACCGAGCCUCCACCUCCACAGCCUCAUCCUCAGCAGCAGCCCCAGCAGCAUCAGGGUAAAAAGUUCCACCGCACGCUGCCCAAAGACCAGACGCAGCUGCUUUCACUUCAGCACGACCACAGGCACAAAAAGAGGAAGCCCCACAAGGCUGCUAGCGCCACGCAUAACUGCCCCGCAGAUAGCCAGCGCAAAGUGAUGGAGAUGGACAGGGUGAAGGUUUCUGACAGCUGUCAGGCCAACCUGAACAGAGUGCUGACUGGGAUGCCCCUCCCCCUGCGUGUCCAUACCAGACUGAGCUCUGGGAGCAGCUCCAGCCCCUGUACCCCUGCCACGCAGAGGGCUGCCAUACAACAGAAUGCCAAUCUUGGCUCCAGUCGAGACGCCCCUCACAGCAGCUCUAUGUCUGACAUGGCCACCACUCCCAUGUCUCCUACGUUUGAUGAUGUCUUCUGGAACUUCCCAAGCUCUGUGGAGCACCCACCAAAGGUUCCGGAGCGUACAACAUCCAAAUUAUAUUGCAAAGAGCUGAUGAAUCAUCACCGGACUGGGUCGAGUGGGGCCCCUCAGUCUCCUGUGGAGAAGGGAGGGAAGUCCAUGUCAUCUCAUGGCAGCUCCAGUAGCAGCUCCCAGUCAGGUUACUUCAAGCUGGAGAGCCCUCUGCUGCAGAGCCGUCUUCAGCAGUACAAGAAGUCUAAGGAGAAUUCUCCUGGAGCCCUUCUUCAGCAACAUGGUUUCGGCCACUUCUCUGGGCUUACGUCUAAUCUCAGUCCGUUUGUCAAGGCAACAGAGUACUCCUCUUCUAGCGAUGAAGUUGGGAGUAGUGAUGAUGAUGAGAAAACCCGGUGGAUUCACCUUGAUUGAUUUAUUGAUUCAUUG